CCCCAUCUUGUUCUUGGUUUGAUAUCUCAAAUCAUUAAGAUACAACUUUUAGCUGAUGUUAACCUCAAGAAAACUCCCCAGCUGGUAGAGUUGGUUGGAGAUAGCAGGGAAAUGGAAGAGCUCAUGAAUCUACCACCAGAUAAGAUUUUGCUUAGGUGGAUGAAUUUUCAGCUUAAGAAGGGGGGUUUCAAAAGAGCUAUAACAAAUUUUUCGUCAGAUAUUAAGGAUUCAGAGGCUUAUGCAUGUCUUCUUAAUGUUUUGGCACCUGAACACAGUAUUAAGCUUUCUGAAAAGAAUGUAAAAGACCUUCUAGAAAGAGCGAAGCUUGUCCUUGAACAUGCUGAUAGAAUGGGUUGUAAAAGAUACGUGACUCCUGAAGACAUUGUUGAUGGUUCACCCAAUCUGAAUCUUGCCUUUGUUGCACAUAUUUUUCAGAAAAGGAAUGGGCUGUCUUCUCAGCAGAAGAAAUUCUCAUUUUUUGAUGCUACACAAGAUGACACACAAGUUUCUCGAGAAGAAAGAGCAUUUCGUUUGUGGAUGAAUAGUCUGGGAAUUUCAACAUACAUCAACAAUGUGUUUGAGGAUCUUAGAGACGGGUGGAUUCUUCUUGAGGCCAUUGAAAAAUCAUCCCCUGGAAUUGUUUCUUGGAAGAUUGCAAAUAAGCCCCCCAUCAGAAUGCCGUUCAGAAAAGUUGAAAACUGUAAUCAAGUUGUGAAGAUUGGCAAACAACUGAAAUUUUCACUAGUCAAUGUUGCUGGAAACGACAUUGUGCAAGGGAAUAAUAAACUUAUCCUUGCAUUUUUGUGGCAAUUAAUGAGGUACAACAUCCUUCAACUUUUAAAGAACUUGAGAUCCAAUUCUUGUGAAAAAGACAUCACUGAUAUAGAUAUAUUGAAUUGGGCCAAUACUAAAGUGAAAGAUUCCGGAAGGCAAUCAUGCAUGAAAAGUUUUAAGGACAAAAAUCUUUCAACUGGAAUUUUUUUCCUUGAAUUGCUAAGUGCCGUGGAACCUCGAGUAGUGAACUGGAGCCUUGUAACCAAAGGAGAGAAUGAGGCUGAGAGAAAGAUGAAUGCCUCUUAUAUCAUCUCAGUGGCGAGAAAACUUGGCUGCUCCAUCUUUUUAUUACCAGAAGACAUACUAGAGGUGAAUCAGAAGAUGAUGCUGACCCUUGCGGCAAGCAUUAUGUAUUGGCACUCCAAUAAACCAUCUGAAGAUAAAUAUUUGGCUUCCAAUAUUGAAAUUUUAUCCAACAAUACAGUUGAUGACUCUGCUUCAGGUUUCAGCAGAUGAUGCAGAUAACUACAGUUUCACUUGGUUUCUGUAUGUACAUUCUGCAAUUUGCACCCCUUUCCUUCAAUUAUGUUGUGUUCAUAGUGACAUCCUACUGAUAAUUUGGAAAUAGCUUUGGCUUUGCUUACUGGGAGCUGUAUGAUGAUGGCAAGAAAAAAAUACUGUUAAUUUGAAUGCUAACAAAGUAUUAAUUGUUUAGUUUAGCAUUGUUAUAAUUUUGA